AUGUUCUCUAAUCUCGGUAUCACCACAGGAGCACCGCCGUUUGGUAGCAAUCCUGCGACGACCUCUGGGCAAUCCGGUUCAUCUUUGUUUGGCAACACUGGCACCUCCUCUGCCGCACCCAACGGAGGCCUCUUCUCCAAUCUCGGCGGCGCUCAGCAGGCCACUUCUUCUGCAGCACAGCCUACUGGAGGCUUGUUUGCACGCGUCCAACCCGCAAAUACUUCUGCGCAAACCACGUCCGCUGGAGCAGCUGCUCCUGGAUUGUUCUCCAAUUUAGGCACGACGCAAGGCCAGGCUCAGCCAGUUUCCAGCGCCGGGGGACUGUUCGGUGGACUCAGUGGACUAGGAGCUUCGACAAACCCGCCUCAGCAACCUGCCACCGGGGCGUCAACUUUCGGGGGCUUUGGUAGCCUAGGCGCCUCCACAAACCCACAGCCAAACAACGCGAGCCAACAGCAAGGACAAGGGCAGGAUCCGUCUUUGGCUCAGUCAACGAGUGCUACGGGAAAGAAUGCACACUUCGACCAGCUUCUGGAGCGCGGCAAGAAGAGGAACAACCAGGCCAAUGGAGUAUCUCAGUUUGGGGACUUGCCAACGUUGCAGCUUGGGCUGGGAGACAUUGCGAGGAAGGUUCGCAAUCUUGGGACUGGUGGGCCUUCGGCGUCGCAAGCGGCACAGGGCGACUACAGCAGAGCACACUACGUUCUCGCCGCCUCUGGAAUCUCUACUGGACGAACGCUUCGAGACCUCAAUCAAUUCGGCUCGCAGGUUGGCUUAGGUGUCGCAGGAGCUGCGCCUGCUCCUCUAGACUCAGAUGUCGACAGCUAUCUCUCCAAUUUGCAGUCUCAAUCUACGCUCGCAUUGAUCCAAGAAGGACUAGAACAAUCCAAACGCGACUUCGACACUUUCCUAGAGGACAAUGUCCAGAUGGAGUGGGACGCGCAACGGAAGCGCAUAUACGAGCAUUUCGGGCUUGGGAGACAAAGCGAGAACCUAGCUGCAAGCGCUACGCCAGGUCAAUCCACUCGCGGUGCUUUCGGAAGGUCCUCACGCCGAGGAAACGGACUGGGCGCUUCAACGGCUGCUUCUGGAGGCAUGUCGUUCGGAGCGACUGGAAUGCGGUCGGUCAUUGGAGCUCCCGCAUUUUCCGGCCGUGGUGCGCCUCCCCAGGACUUCUCAGAAAAGACCGCAGCUGGUGCACAAGCUGGUCCAGAAGACAGAGUCGUCAGAGACAAACAAGAGAGAUUCGCGACGAGUGUCCGAGAGCUCAACCAAGCCAGGCUGGUGAAGAAGGUCUAUCCUGUGCUAUCUAAAUUUGCGGCCGUUGAACGACCUACGGGGAUUGAUAGCACCCAGAAACUCGUCGACGCAUACAAUGCGCUCAUUGAGAUCACAAAGGAGAAUUCUAACGUGACGAAUGUCACAGAUGAGGGCGCUGUCAGAGAACGAACUUUUACGAGGGCUUACCUUGCAGAGAACAGCAAUUCGGCAGAUAGCUUAGCUAUUCGGAAAGCUAUUCUGAACGGGUCACGGCAGUACUUGGAGAAGAGCUACCUCGAACAAAUUGCGAGCGAAAUCGACAAGAACCCUGUGGAUGCUAAUCCUGGCGGUGUUCCUUCAAUCGUCGCUAAAAUCCGGGCAUUUAUCAGAUUGAAGUCGUCCCGCAAGGAGCUUGGGGCCGACAGCGAUCACCUAGCUCGGAUUGGUGACAAUGAUGAUUGGCCAUGGGUUAUGGUCUUCCACCUAUUGAGAGGUGGUCUACACCAGGAAGCUGCCGCUUAUGUCAAAGACCCGAAACACCAACUGUUCUUCAAGGCCAAUGACCGGCAGUUCAUUGCUGGGAUAUCGCAAUACGCAGCCAGCCCAGACCGGAAGCUGGCACCACAAACGCAGCAAAAUCUGAGCCACAUAUAUGCCCAGCGCUCACGAAUAGGUCCCGAACAUGCUUCAGAUCCGUACCGUAUGGCUUGUUACAAGAUCGUUGGACGCUGCGAACUAAACCGACGGAGUUUAGACCGUAUCAACCAGAAUAUGGACGACUGGGUGUGGUUGCAGUUCAAUCUCGCCCGUGAGAGCAGUCGUAUUGAAGAGAGCGCUGGAGAAUCUUUCGGACUGGAAGAGCUGAGAGCCAGCGUCAAGGAGAUAGGACAGCGCCACUUCUCCGCUGGAUCUGACGGUGCCAAUGGUUUCGGUGUUUUCUUCUUCUUGCAGAUACUCGCUGGGAUGUUUGAGCAGGCCAUCAGCUACUUGUACCAGCACAGCUACGUUUCUGCGGUUCAUUUCGCCAUCGCUUUGGACUUCUACGGGCUGUUAAGAGUCGCAAGCCUGGCUAGCGCUGGCACGGAGAUUUUAACUUUCACAACCCGGGACCUACCUCAGCUGAAUUUCGGUCAGAUGGUUGGGUACUACACUCGCGACUUCCGGGCUGCAAAAGCUGAAGCGGCAGCUGACUAUCUGACCUUGCUCUGUCUGAACGCUGAUCUUGAUGGCGAAGCGGGGAGAGAGCAAGCGCAGCUCUGUCAUGAGGCUCUCCGUGAGCUCGUACUCGAGACGAGGGAGUUUGCCGAGCUGCUUGGUGAUAUCAGAGGGAAUGGUUCUAGCAUACCAGGAGCCAUCGAGCAACGACUACCCCUGAUCAAGAUCGACGACCGGAGAUCCUUCAUGACGAAGAUCACGGCGCAGGCGGCUAAGAUAGCUGACGACAGUGGACGGACGACGGACGCGGUACUGCUCUAUCACCUUUCCGAGGAGUUUAACAACGUCAUUACCAUCCUGAACCGCGCUGUUUCGGAAGCGCUGUCGGUUGACCUGGGCCAAGAAGCUCUGCGGCUGGAGCCUCUCAGACCCCGAGUGAACGCGGGCAUCGUAGAAGGCCAGCAGCAACCACCACAACCAGGCUCAAGCCUCAGCUUGGCGGCCAUAGAUGACCCGAUCCAGUUGGCCACGGCCAUGAACAACAUGUACGAACAAAACGAGGCGUACUACAGCAAGAUCUCGCGCGAAAAUCGACAAACAAUCGCAGUGCUACUAGAGUUGAGCAGGGCGAAGAAGCAGGUAGAGGAGGGCAAAUGGGCCCCAGCUUUGGAUACUAUGAUUGAAACGGACCUCCUCCCACUGCGGGCCCAAGGCAGACUAUCUGAAAUCCGCAGCUCGGCCACCAACUUCGGCAACUUUGCACCUGAGGCUGCUAGGAACGUUGGCCACGUCCUCAUGUGGGCCAUCAUCUGCUGCGGCAAGCUUCGCGAGUACUUGCUCGGUGGUGCCUACGAAGAUCCUACGAAGAGGAAACUGGCCGAUCAGUGUCUCCAGCAAGCCAAGGACCUCAUGGUCUUUGCUGGGCUGAUCAGAUACAAGCUUCCCCCGAGGGUGUUUGAGGUGCUGGCCAGGGCGGGCCAGGACGUUGGGGUGUAUUAGCGUGUGGAAGUCUCUACAAUGGAGUCGGUUUUCUAUGGUGGUCAUUAGAGCCGUGUUUCUCUUCUCACACUAAAAAUCUGGCCCUUGGAGUGGCAUGAUGGCUGGAUAUCACGAUGGUGUUUUGGUUGCAUAGCAUAGCUAGCGCAGUAUCGUCAUUGGAUCAGGCCGGCUUUUGAAGGCUCUAUUCAUCGUGUCUUGGCAGAUCAAUGUAGCGAGCGAGUUCUUCAAAUUCUUCACUAAUGACUAUGAGUGAGGCUCAUAUCAGGUG